UGCUCACACAUGUAUUCAAUUUAUAUUCGACCACUAGAUGUUGCUUUUGAAGACCCUUUUUUUUUGACAGUUUUUUUUCUUUUCUUGAUAGCAAAACGGGGAUCAAAUAUGAUGUCACUUCCUUUCAUCCUCUCAGUGUGUGAAAAGUGAAGUACCAGCUGACAGCAGCGUGUAGCACACACACUUCUGUUAUUGAAGGAAAAGUUGCUGACUGGAUCAUAAGGGGCUGUACAGUGAGCAGACAUGGAAGCUGUCAUUGGACUGUUGUUUAUGUUACUCGGUGUCUCUUAUGGUGUGAUCACUCAUUGUGAUGGCAGACAGGAUGGAGUUCAGUGUUAUGUAGCUUUGGGAGGAACUGUGGACAUCCAGUUGAUCAAUAGCACCUCUGAAAUACCUAGAUACCAGUUGUUAAAGGAUUCAUUAAAAAUACUAGCAGGGAGAAAUAAUACAGUUAUUUCUAAUGCCAUAGAGCAUAGGUCUCUCAUUUUUCCUAGUAAUGGAACAUUUAGGAUCAAUGACCUGAGUAGGAAUGACAUUGGUAAAUAUACCCUUGAAACCUUUGAUUCAGAUGGAAGAAAAUCAGGCGAGCGGACUCUAUAUUUGUUUACUCAAGGUGUGGAAACUUACUGUGAUGACAGACAGGAUGGAGCUCAGUGUUAUGGAGCUUUGGGAGGAACUGUGAACAUCCAGCUGAUGGACAGCACCUCAGAAAUACCUAGAUACCAGUUGUUAAAGGAUUCAUUAAAAAUACUAGAUGUGAGAGGGGAUAAGGUUAUUUCUAAUACCAUUGCACAUAGAUAUCUCAUUUUUCCCAGCAAUGGGACAUUUAGGAUCAAUGGCCUGAGCAGGAUUGACAUUGCUCCUGUGUCCUCUGUCCUGCUGGUCUCUGAGUGUCUGUCCCAGGGAGAGAUGAGGGUGUCCUGCUCCUCUGAGGGAGGGGACAGUCCUCAGUACAGCUGGACUCUGGAUGGACGCACACUGACAGAUGCUGAGCUCCUUCCUGGAAACAAUGAGACUAACAUCAUCACUUUGAAACAUCACAUCUCGGGACAUCUGGUCUGCUCAGUCAAGAACAAUGUCAAUAGUGUCUCCAAAGAACAGGAGAUAUCUACCUGUGUUGAGUGA